AUGGAGCCAUUUCCUGACCAAUUUAUGGAAUUCCAUCCAAUUCAUGGCACCAAUGUUCAACUGGACUACUCAGGAACCAAAGCAACCCGGGUGGAGAGCUUUGCUAACGCAGUAUGUUUCAGCAAAAACCCUCUGAAGCCCGGGGAGAUUUUUCUGAUAGAAAUUGAGGAUAAGGAGCUCGGCUGGUGUGGGCACCUUCGUGUUGGCCUGACAGCCAGGAACCCUCUAGACCUAGAGGUGGUACCUGAAUACUCCAUACCUGACCUGACAGAUGUAGGGGACAGCUGGAUUUUCGCAAUCACUCGCAACCAUAACAAAGUCAAAGAGGAGCCAGCAGCUGAGGGUCAGGGGGCCGGUGAGGAAGGACUAAAUGGGGGACACAGGCUCGGUAGAGGGGAGAAUGAAGGUGGAGCUGGACGUGAAGGAGAGGGAGAUGAAGGGGACAACAACAGCAAACCAAAGACCUUCUUCACUGACUCUCAUUUGUGCAUUGACAACAUUAAAAUCCCCAGAGAUAAGCUUGUGGGACGCAGCAGACCGGGACGUUUCAGCCACAUUUUAGAUGAUUUGUACAAAACCAACGCUCUACCUCCCACCGCCCGGCGAAGCAGGAUAGGUGUUCUGUAUGUUCCUAAAGGAAGAGAUGUGGCUGACAUGCACAUCAUCAUCAAUGGAGAGGACAUGGGAGCUUCCGCAAAGGGGAUCCCUGUAAUCCAGCCUCUGUAUGCUGUGGUGGACGUCUUUGCUGCCACUAAGUGUGUCCAAAUUGUCCAGGUGGAGUAUGGAUGUGAGUAUCUCAUUGAUACUUUAAACCACAGAUGAAUUGUCAAAUAAUGGGCUUUAAAGUGAUAAUGAUCCCAUACAGAUUUAUAUUUAUACAGAUUGACUACAACUCACCACCUCCUCCCAUUGUACAAAAGUGAGGCCAUAAUCUCUUUACUAGGUUACUGUUUGUCAACAGAGCUGUUAAUAAUGGAAUCAUACCACUUUUAAAAGUAUUUGACAGCUAACUAAACACAAACUUACAUUUGGAUUUAAAUCAGAUUGAAAAGAGCAGACUCUGAUGACAGAAACCACAAGUAUCAACAAUUCUUUGGCAUGUAUUUUGAUGUUAAAGUUUGACUCAUGUGCCAGCUGAUUAAUGGAGGGUUUCAUUUUUUGUGAUGUGUGUUUGUGUAAGUUACUUGUUAACAGCAAACAUUACCCAUCAGGGAUCCAGCCAAAUCAACCAGAGAACUUGAAAAAUGCUUGACUAUCAACUGACACAGACAGGAUCAGCUCUUUUGAUACUCUUGCUAAUUUAGAGAAACUCAACCCAAACAUCACUAGUCUAGGUUUAUGUUCUAUUUUGAAUACUAUACCAUCAGAAAGCCCGUACUCUUUCAGUCCACAGAUACCACACAUGUAAUAUCAUUGUCUUCUGUGCUCUGAUCAGCCAAUCAGCUUUUGAUGUACACUUAUAAAUGAUAAAUUAUAAUACUUUGGGGAUUUUAUAAUACUUUGAGUCUAAUCUUUCCUUAAUGAACUGAUUUGAAGUGUCCACAGUGAAGGGAAUGUGCUUGUUUUUGUCAACGUUGCUGUAUUUUGUCUUUUUUUUAAGAGCUUGCAACCCAAUCUGCUGUAAAGUGUUUUGCAAGUACAGGAAUCCAACCCAAUCCAGUUCAAUCAAACCUAAUCCAGCCCAACCCAAUCCAGUUCAAUCAAACCUAAUCCAGCCCAAUCCAAUCCGAUCCAAUUCAAUCCAGUCCAAUCCAAUCCAAUGCAGUCCAGUGAAGUCCUGUCCAGCCCAAUCCAAUCCAAUUCAAUACAGUCUUUUCUGAUCUAAUCCAGUCCAAAAUAUUUAUUUGGAUGGGUUUAUAUUUCUUUGUAGUUACUUUGUGUUUUUAUUCGUAUUCAUUUUUUUUAUCGUAAAGUUAGGUGAUAACUUUACAACUUUAUAUUUAUCAUCAUUAUAUUUAUUCAUACAUUCAUUUCCAAGGGGACAGUUUACAUCAGUCAACAUAUAGACAAACAGAAAUCCAUGAGUUAGCAGAGGGCCAAUGUUAUCAGCAGUCCCUUAGGCAUUGUGAAAUGGUGAGAAAGUUCUUUGAUGCAUUCAGUAAUCUAUUAACAGUUUCCUUAACUUAUCCUCAGUUUUUCUCCUCGUGCUCUCUGCUAAUCCACUGUUCUCUUUGUUUUUGGUGCUCCAGUCUCUUCUUUGCAGACGUUGUGUAGGAAAGCGAUCCAGAAGCACAUUGUCCACAGGAUGGCCAUCGACUGGUUGGAGCUACCAGAAGCCCUGAAGCACUAUUGCAAAUAUGAAUGAAGAAUACAGACUUGAGAG